AUGCCUGGAUUCGCCGAUUCCUUCUGGUCGAACGAUUAUGCUGCUGGACUGGGUGUCCUCUUCAGCAAGCUUCAGCAGGGUGUUGUGGAAGAUCGCCAGGUGCUUACCAUAGCUCGAUUGCGCGCCGAGGCUGAAGAAGCGUAUGGACAGCGUCUCAGUGAAAUUGCGCCGGCCGCAGACAAGUUGACUGGCGGCUUCUCUCGAGAUGACGGCGCCACUGUUCGCAAGGCCUACGAUGGCAUGCGAACGGAGAUGCAGGAGGCUUCGCAAAGCCACAUCCGAAUUGCCCAGAGCAUCCGCGAUCUAGUUGUCAAUCCCUUUUCUCGAUGGUGUGAUGCUCAUGAGACUCGCAUUCAGGAUUCUCAAGAUGUUCUCCAGCUCCGAAUCAAGGCGCACGACAAACAAGCCGAGGUGGUCAAAAAGCUACGGUCAAACUAUUUCAACAAGUGCCGACUGGUGGAAGACUUGGAAGAGGAGAACAAGCUUGCUUUCCAAGAUCCAGAAUCCAGCCCCAAGCAAGCCCAGCCAAACGCCCCACCGGUUCCCGAGAUCAAGAUUCAGCCUCACAAGGAAGAAGAGCCCCAGAAUGAGGAGGUCUACGAGAUUGGCGAUGAUGUCUACCAACCCGAGCAGAUGAAGAAAAUCCUCUCCCAGAUGUUAUCGACAAUCAAGAUGGGAGAAACCAAGGUCCCCAUUCUGGGUACAUAUCUCAACACAUCUGCCGGCUCAGAUAUCGUCGAGUAUCUCCAGCGAAGCAUGGGAACCACAAGCGUCAGUUACGCUGAGAGAAUUGGACAGGAUCUCAUCUCCAAUGGCAUGUUGCGCCUCAUUGGAAAUGUCGGAAACACGUUUGCCAAUUCCUCCAAGAUGUUUUACCAGUGGAGACCCAAGGCCUUCCAACUUGCGGGGAUCCCCGAGAAGAAGCAGACGCUCGGCCGGACUUUCUCCAUGCCUGCUACGGGUUCAGAUGGCGGCGACUCAUCGCCCGUCGUUGGAACCGUGAGCGAGCUGCUGUCCGGCUGGAGUGUGCUCGGCAACUCUAGGCCUGGCGAGACCGCUCCUCAGCGAUUGCAGCGCGAAGCAAGGGAGGCGGAUGAGACGUACAAGGCCGGUGUCCAGAAGCUCGAUGAGCUCCGUUGCGAACUGGAAGAGCUCAUCUUCCUGCACCUCAAGUUUCUCGAGCGCUGUGAGCUCGAUCGGUUGAAGGCUAUCAAGACGGUCAUCCUCGACUUCACGGGAACUAUUGGCAACGUCAUCCCCAGCCUGCAGUCGACUGUAGACAAAAUGAUGCUUUUCCAGGAGACUGUGCAGCCCUCUGGCGAUCUCCGAUAUCUUUUGGAAAACUACCGCACUGGAAGCUUCAUUCCAAAGGUCGUAGUCUAUGAGAAUUACUACAACAAGGUUGACGAGCAGACUUUUGGCGUUGAUCUGGAGGCGCGCGCGAGAGCCGAUAAGAAACGUGUGCCCAUCAUCAUCACCACUAUCCUGACCUAUCUCGACAACCACUACCCUGACUUGGAGGGCGACGAAGCGAGACGAGGAGUGUGGCUGCUCGACGUGCCUCUUGCCCAGACACACAAGCUUCGUGCAAAGAUCAACGACGGCAAGCCAGUUUCUCCCGAGGUUUUCGACGAAUUUGACAUUCCAACCGUUGCGACCCUUCUUAAGCUUUAUCUGCUUGAACUUCCUGAUUCCUUGGUUUCCUCUCACGUUUACGAAAUCGUUCGAACAAUCUACACCACCCCGGCCACCGACUCGUCAGAGACCUCUCGAAUUGCGGUACUUCAACAGACUCUUUCACAGUUGCGACUAACCAACAUUGCCACAUUGGACGCUUGCAUGAAUCACUUUACGCGUCUCAUUGAUCUUACCUCGGCUGAUGAGGAGUACGUUGCGGCCUUGGCCACUUCUUUGGCUCCUUGCGUCCUCCGCCCACGAACAGAAACUUCUCUCACAAUGGAAGAGAAACACGCGAGCCGACUGGUCCGCGACCUGUUUGCGAACAAAGACGCAAUCUUCAGCGAGCUCAAGCGCAUGUCAACUGCCAGCCACUCCAUCUCCGUCCCGGGACGUCCUCGAGCUAUCAGCACCGAUGAGAGUAACAGAAAAGCUCUGAUGGAAGAGAGAAACAAAGCCUUGCUCGAGAAGAAGAUCCACCACGCCCCGCGAAGCCGCGCCACCAGCCCAGCUCCUGGCCCGCGAGGUCAUCGCCGGGAGCGAAGCAGCGGCGGCCCCGAGACGCGAUUUCCUAUCCAGACCAGCCCGACAACCUCCUCAGACCGCCACCGCAGCAGUCUUGGCAGUCUGAACGCCAUCAAGCGAUCCAGCCUGGAGGUUCCUGCGCCAGAUGGCAGCACCAGUCCCCCAGACGCCACGAAUGGAUCUCCCCUCAAGUCAGAGGUCGAGCCCGAGCCGGUCUUGGAAAAGCGUGACAGCCUGGGUAGGGGAGCCGCGGCCAAGUUUGGUGGCGGCGAUCCCGCCACUCCACCAAGGGAGACCAGCCCUCGCGGUGUGACCCUGGAGGACAGACCGAUGGAGUACUAG